CAUUAAAUUCAAAAUAAAAUAGCAAUAAUAUAGUGCUAUAAAAACACUUUUAUCAACCUUUCGUACCCCCUUUAAACAUACAUUCAACAUAUAUACAAAAUGCAAUCAAUAAAAGCGGAUGAACUGCCGGAAAAUCCCCGCGAGCGUGCGAAUCCACUCUCAACGCUUAUGUUUUGUUUUACAAUGCCCACAUUUUUUAAGGGCCGAAAAAAAACUUUAGAUCAAAAUGAUCUCUAUCGAGCUUUACAGGAACAUAGAUCAGACUUUCUCGGUGAUAAAUUAUGCAAAGCAUGGGAAGAAGAAAUUUCAACCAAGGAGAGUAAACACAAGAAGCCAAGUUUAAUAAAAGCUACAUUACGAGUCUUUGGUUGGCGUUUUGCUUUAAUGGGUUGCAUAUUAUUUUUACUCGAAGUGGGCUUACGUAUAACGCAACCUCUAUUUCUUGGUGGCUUGGUUUCAUUCUACGCAAACUCAGAGGAAAACAAAGAUGUUACCACUGCGUAUUUGUAUGCACUCGGUGUAAUAUUAUGCAGUGGCGUAAAUGUACUGUUAAUGCAUCCUUAUAUGCUGGGCAUACUUCAUGUGGGCAUGAAAAUUCGGAUUGCCAUGUGCAGUAUGAUUUAUCGCAAGGCUUUGCGUUUAAGUAAAACGGCGUUGGGCGAUACCACGUCUGGCCAAGUUGUGAAUUUAAUAUCAAACGAUGUUGGGCGUUUGGAUUUAUCUGUGAUACAUAUGCAUUAUUUAUGGCUUGGACCACUCGAAAUUAUAAUAGUUACUUAUUUGAUGUCUAGAGAAAUUGGAGUUUCAGCGCUUUUUGGUGUUGCUUUCAUGUUGCUCUUUUUACCACUGCAAGCAUAUUUAGGCAAAAAGACAUCUGUACUCCGUUUGCGUACUGCACUUCGGACCGAUGAGCGUGUACGCAUGAUGAAUGAGAUUAUUUCCGGUAUACAAGUAAUUAAAAUGUACGCUUGGGAAUUACCAUUUGGGAAAAUGGUGGCGUACGUAAGGAAGAAGGAAAUGAGUGCCAUUCGUUACGUCAAUUACAUACGCGGUAUACUACAGUCUUUUAUUAUGUUUUUAACGCGCGUUUCUGUUUUCGCGAGUUUGGUCGGUUAUGUUUUGCUGGGUAAAUUUUUAACGGCUGAGAAAGCUUUCGUUAUUACCGCUUAUUACAAUAUUUUACGCAUAACCAUGACUGUAUUUUUCCCAAAUGGUAUAUCACAAUUCGCUGAAACCUUAGUAUCCUUUAGAAGAAUACAGAAAUACAUGAUGCAUGAAGAGACUCAUGUACAUGAUAAAUCACAAAGCACAGAUGAGGACAAUAAUAAACAUACUGUCGUGAUCUUACAUGAGAACGGAAAACCUAUUAAUGGUGUAACAAAGCUAAAUACUCCUGCUCAAAUCCAAGGAGAGCCUGGUAUUACUAUCAGCAAACUCAAAGCUAAAUGGGAUCCCAAUAUCACAGAAUACACGCUUGAUAAUAUAGACUUAAAAAUUAAACCAAAAACACUUGUUGCAGUAAUUGGUCCCGUUGGAUCCGGAAAAUCAAGUUUGAUACAAGCUAUACUGGGUGAACUUCCCGCCUUAUCAGGCUCAAUAAAUGUGAAUGGCACGUUUUCAUAUGCAUCACAAGAUCCUUGGCUCUUUACUGGCACAGUACGACAGAAUAUACUUUUUGGUUUACCGAUGGAUAAACAACGUUAUCGUAGUGUAGUGAAGAACUGUGCACUGGAACGUGAUUUUGAAUUGCUUCAAUUUGGUGAUAAAACAAUUGUCGGUGAACGUGGAGCUUCGUUAUCCGGCGGUCAAAAGGCACGCAUAAGUUUAGCACGUGCUGUUUACCGUAAAACACAUUUCUAUUUACUAGAUGAUCCACUGAGUGCAGUUGAUACACAUGUCGGACGUCAUUUGUUUGAUCAAUGCAUGCGUGGCUUCCUACGUGAAGAAAUUGUAAUAUUAGUCACGCAUCAAUUGCAGUUCCUCGAGCAAGCUGACUUAAUAGUCAUAAUGGAAAAAGGUAAAAUAAGUGCAGUGGGUACAUAUGAAUCAAUGCGUAAAACAGGUUUGGAUUUUGCAAAGUUGUUAACUGCACCAGAACAAAAAGAAGAUGCUGGUGAAGGUGAUAAGCCUGAUCGUAAAAAUAUAUCGCGUCAGAAUAGCAAACAACGUUCCAGACAAAAUAGUGUGUCUUCUAUGAGUUCAGUAGCGGAUUCUGCUGUUGGUGAGUCCCCAAUGCAAGUGCAGGAAACAAGAGUAGAGGGUAAAAUUGGUUUAAAACUUUACAAAAAAUAUUUCGCUGCGGAUGGAACAUAUAUAUUAUUUGGCAUUAUGAUGUUAUUUUGUGUUGGAGCACAGGUUCUCGCUUCAGGUGGUGACUACUUUUUGUCAUAUUGGGUCAACAAAAAUGGCAAUACGCAAAGUGUCGAAGAUCGUUUUGGUAACCAGAUUGAUAAACGUUUGAGCGAAAAUACUGACCCUGUAGAUAUUUAUAUAUUUUCUGGGAUUAUAGUUGCUACAAUAAUUUUUGCAUUAUCUCGCAGCGUACUCUUCUUCCAUUUAGCUAUGCGUUCAUCAACUAGUUUACACAACGCCAUGUAUAACGGCAUAACGCGCGCGUCUAUGUAUUUCUUUAAUACUAAUCCCUCUGGACGUAUAUUGAAUCGUUUUUCUAAAGAUUUGGGUCAAGUUGAUGAAGUAUUGCCUUCAGUGAUGAUGGACUGUUUACAAAUAUUUUUAGCAUUAACGGGCAUUGUUAUUGUUAUAUCAAUAGUCAAUCCAUGGUUUCUUUUAGCUACAGCAAUACUUGGUGUGAUAUUUUAUUUUCUACGUGCAUUUUAUUUGAAUACUUCACGCGAUGUUAAACGUUUGGAAGCAACAAAUCGUUCACCAAUUUAUUCACAUCUUGGCGCAUCACUGAACGGCUUAGCGACUAUACGUGCUUUUGGUGCACAACAAAUACUCAUACAUGAAUUCGAUAACUACCAGGAUGUGCACAGUUCGGGCUAUUUUAUGUUUUUGGCUACGAGUCGUGCAUUCGGUUAUUGGCUGGAUUGCUUUUGUGUCCUUUAUAUUGCAAUCAUAACACUGAGUUUCUUCAUAUUUUCACCAGAAAAUGGCGGUGAUGUCGGUUUAGCUAUAACGCAAGCUAUGGGUUUGACUGGUAUGGUUCAAUGGGGUAUGCGCCAAUCAGCUGAAUUGGAAAAUAACAUGACAGCAGUUGAACGUGUGGUUGAGUAUGAGCAUAUAGAACCCGAAGGUGAAUUUGAAUCAAAACCAAAUAAGAAACCACCAAAAACCUGGCCAGAACAGGGUAAAAUUAAGUUCGAUCACCUCAGCUUACGUUACUUCCCAGAUCCAAAGUCUGAAUGUGUACUUAAAUCUCUUAAUUUUGAAAUAAAAUCAUGCGAAAAAGUCGGUAUUGUGGGACGUACGGGUGCAGGCAAAUCAUCACUGAUCAAUGCCCUUUUCCGUUUAUCAUUUAAUGAUGGAUCGGUUAUAAUUGAUAGUCGAGAUACAAAUGAACUGGGCUUACAUGAUUUACGCAGUAAAAUUUCAAUUAUACCACAGGAACCGGUUUUGUUCUCUGGCACUAUGCGUUACAAUUUAGACCCAUUCGACGAAUAUUCUGAUGCCAAAUUAUGGGAAUCAUUGGAAGAGGUCAAAUUAAAAUCUGUAAUUGCUGAACUUCCCAGUGGUUUACAGAGUAAAAUUUCAGAAGGUGGUGGUAACUUUAGUGUUGGACAACGUCAAUUAGUUUGUCUGGCACGUGCUAUUUUACGUGAAAAUAGAAUUUUGGUACUGGAUGAAGCUACAGCCAAUGUAGAUCCACAAACUGAUGCACUCAUCCAAACAACAAUAAGAAAUAAAUUCAAAAAUUGCACAGUUUUAACAAUUGCUCAUCGUCUUCAUACAGUUAUGGAUUCAGACAAAGUGUUGGUCAUGGAUGCUGGACAGGUAGUGGAAUUCGGUUCACCAUUUGAGUUGUUAACACAAAGUAAAUCACAGAUAUUUUACGAUAUGGUUAAACAAACCGGAAAUUCAACAUUUGAUAAUCUCCUAAAAGUAGCACAGAAGGCACAUGAAGACAAUUUAAAAGCGAAAAAAGAUUCUUGACAUUUUUCUGUACCCAAAGUGUUCAAAGAUUAUAUACUUAAAAUAUUAGAACCAAUAACAAACCACCCGGCUAAUGCUAGAUUUCAAAAAACAUUAUUUUUUGAAACAGCACAGCAAAAAUUCUUAGGCUAAUAAAGUAUCGAAAAAUAUACAAAAAAAUAAAAAAUAAUAUAAAUACUUUGAGUAACAGAUCCUGUUGCUGGAUAUCCUUUAAAAUAUAUCAAAAUUGUAAACAAAUAUAUCAAAAUGUAAACUAUGUACAAUUUGUUAAAUACUAAAAGUAUAUGAAAUACUUAUUGUUAAAUUUUAAAAAUAUAUAAGGAUAGCAUUUUGUAAGUAGGAUAUAACUUAAAUGUUAACAAUGAACCAAUACCGAAAAAAUCAAUCAAAAGUUGAUUUACGUCAAGUCAAGUACUCAAUUGCUGGCCAAAGUUUAGUUGACUGAAUUAAAAUCAACUGAGGUGGAAAUUUUUUAAAUUUUUCUAAUAAAAUAUUCAUUUUCAAUUACUCAUAAUUAUUAUAUUUGAAUAUUAUUAAAACAGCAGUGCUGCCAAACCUACUUAUAAUAAUGUUAUUCUUAUUAUUUGUACUUUUUA